AUGAUGCUGCACCCCAUCCUGGAUAUUAGUAGUGUUAAUGUUGUACUUUCAUUAUCAGGAAUAUACGUCUUGAUCUUCGGGUUUAUCGCUGUGAAAAUCAAGCAAAGAUGGUACCUCGGUGAAGCUUUACCGUCUUUCAUGAUUGGGGCUAUUAUAGGACCCUUCGGUGCAAAGUUGAUUAAUGUCAGUCAGUGGGGAGGAGAUACCGACAGCGAUGGUGGUGACAUUGGUGACAUUGCCUAUGGAUUAACUCGAUUGGUGAUUGGCAUUGCUAUGGUCAAAGUCGGUUAUGAGCUGCCGAAACGAUAUAUUCGGCUUCAUUUGGUCGAACUCACCAUCUGCCUACUCCCAUUGAUGACGAUCCAGUGGCUGAUGACAUCCACAUGUAUAAAACUAUUGAUCCCUAACCUAUCGUUUCUGACUUCUCUCAUCAUUGGAUCGUGUGUCAUAUGCAUCGACCCCGUUCUCUCCCAGGCUAUCGCCAAGGGCCCUUUCGCAGAUCAAUAUGUCCGACGACAUCUUCGAGAAUUUAUAUCAGCUGAGGCAGGUGGGAAUGACGGGUUCGGGUUUCCAUUUCUGCUUCUCUCUAUUGCUAUUCUUCGUUAUGCCGAUACCCCGGGUACGGAGAUAGUCAAAGCCGGUCUCGGGAAACAGAGUCGAGAUUGGAUUGGCGAGCCGGAUACGGGUCGAUUGGGUGGGGAUGUUGGUCGAGCUUUGGCGCAUUGGGCUGUUGAGGGAGUGCUGUACAUGCUGGUCAUGGGCGCUGGGUAUGGUGUGCUGGUCGGGUUCCUGAGCCGGAAAGCCUUGAACUUGGCCUCAAAAAGACGUUGGGUUGACAAGGAGAGCUUCUUCUCAUAUCCUGUUGCGAUGGGUUUGUUUAUUGUCGGUACCUGUGGCUGCUUUGGCUCUGACGAGACUCUUGCCUGCUUUGUUGCCGGCUGUGCAUUGAACUGGGAUGGGUCCUAUCACUUUGAAGUCGAAGAGAGACAUGACUCCUUCAAUUCCACAAUCGAAAACAUCUUGAACAUUGGAACCUUCAUGUUCCUCGGUGCUAUCAUGCCGUGGGACCAACUUCACAUGCCUACUCAGAAUGGCAUCACUAUCGCUCGACUGGUCGGGCUCGGAUUUUUGAUCUUGGUAUUCCGUCGGAUCCCGGCGAUCAUGAUGGGAUAUCGAUUCAUGCCUAAGGUCUGCGAAAAUUGGAAGGAGGCCUUGUUUAUGGGAUACUUUGCCCCAAUUGGAGUUGGCGCUAUCUCAUAUGUCGAAUAUGCGCGACGAUUGUUACCAGACCCCGGAGAGAGCGAUACAGAGAUCAACAACUUGACUGCAGCCAUGAUACCGGUGGUAUAUUGGCUUGUCUUCUUUUCCAUCGUCAUUCACGGGCUGUCUAUUCCCGUCCUGAAUUGCUUCUAUAAAUGGUUUAAAGUGCCUACUAUCCGAGACCACCCGGUAGAGAUCAUUCUCUUGUCCGAAAACGAGCCUGUUCCUAACAACAGUGUGGUGAAUCGCCGUGACCACUCUGUCAUACUCAAUAACCGGUUUUCCUGUGUCUCGAAUCAGCGCUCUUAUUCUGAUCCUGGUGAUCAGGACCGCGAGGGAACAGACACGAUGAUGCUACGCAGUGGGGAAGCUAGCUCCAGGGGCUCGCUGGAAAGGGCAUCAACGAAAGGGUCAUCGCGCGAACUGGAGCAAACUGUAUCUCCUAGAAAUGUAGUCUGA